GCCUGUGGGCACAGGAGGUUGGGGGGACGAGGGUGCUGCACACAGGGCUGAGGGCGAGGGCACUGCUGGCAGGGGUAGGGGUGAGGGUGAGGGCGCUGCUGGCAGGGGUAGGGCUGAGGGCUAGGGCGCUGCUGGCAGGGGUAGGGGUGAGGGCGAGGGCACUGCUGGCAGGGGUAGGGGUGAGGGCGAGGGCGCUGCUGGCAGGGGUAGGGCUGAGGGCGAGGGCGCUGCUGGCAGGGGUAGGGCUGAGGGCGAGGGCGCUGCUGGCAGGGGUAGGGGUGAGGGCGAGGGCGCUGCUGGCAGGGGUAGGGCUGAGGGCGAGGGCGCUGCUGGCAGGGGUAGGGCUGAGGGCGAGGGCGCUGCUGGCAGGGGUAGGGGUGAGGGCGAGGGCGCUGCUGGCAGGGGUAGGGGUGAGGGUGAGGGCGCUGCUGGCAGGGGUAGGGCUGAGGGCGAGGGCGCUGCUGGCAGGGGUAGGGGUGAGGGCGAGGGUGAGGGUGCUGCUGGCUGCAGUCGCAGCAGCUGGAGGCUCCCUGGAGCCUCGGUGCAGCCUGGCCCAGUGCCGCCCCGGGGUGUCCACACUGCCCUCGGAGCUCCCUCCCUUCUGUAGGUGGGUGUUUUGUGCUGCUUCACGGUCAUCCGUUUCAUCCUGGAACACUUGGACUUCCCCCUUCUUGGACUGGAAACUGCCCUCUUCAGGCCUGGGGUCGGUGCGAGGGCCCGGCCAGUUCCCUGGCGGUGGUUCGCAGGCCUCGCUGAGCGUGGCUGGAGAUCACAGGCCGGCGCAGAGCUGCGGGUCUUCAGGUUGGCCCUGGAGGAGACAGGCGGGCUCUCAGGCUGAGGCCUGCUGUGUGGAGUUGUGGCCAGAGUCCACAGAAGGGUCUUGGUGCCAGGGCGGGGCUCGUGCACGGUCAGGGACCAUCUGCCCGAGGGGACGUGGGGUGGGGCGGGGCGCCACCAGUCGCCUUGGCUCUCGAGUGCUCUGUGGCAGUUGCUUGACCAGAGCCCGCCUGUCCCAGGCAGGUGUGGACACCAGGAGCAGCGCGGGGCAGUGGCUAUUCCGUGCAAGCCGUCAGCCCCCAGCUUGUCCACUCCUCUGACCUCACAGCCGACAGUGCUGACGACCAGGUGGGCAGCCAGGCUCUCAGAGAAGAAUGUUCCUGUGGGGCUCCCUGCAGAGCCCCUGCAUCGCCAGUGUGUGGACGUGGCCCUUGCUGUCUCAUCUGGUUGGGGGCAGGUGCCCUGGGGUGAUUGCGCUGCCCCCCCCCCCCAGGGGAAAUGCCCUCAGCUCUGGGAUUUUAGCCACAGCUGAAGGCCAGGGGCCUUUGGCCUGCAGACCAGUGGUCACAGCUGGGCACUCUGGGGCAGCAAGUACCAGAGGAACAACCCUGGGACUGGAGGGGUGAAGCCAGGCCAGCAGUGGGGGGCGGGUGGGGCCACCUGGGUGCCAGGGUGCAGGAGCUGGCAGCCAUGGGGCCCCCAGGAGAGUGGCACCUGCUGACCACUGAGGCAAACCCACUAGCUGGCCCUGCACUGCCUCCGAGGCACCUGCACAGCAGCCCUGGACCCACUGGGUAGGCUGCCGCUGGCCUCUGGAGCCAGGCUUGCCGAUUGCUCGGGGGUGGGGAGAGGGGGCAGGGCUGGGGCUGUUGGGCCUCCCUCCCUCCCCUCCCUCCCGUGCUGGAGGAGCCAGCUUCAGACGGUCUCCCUCUGCCUGCCCUGCACAGUCCAUCUAGGCAGCCAGUCCAGGGGGACCCCCGUGGCGGUGCAGGUGCCCUGCACUGCCCACCCAGGGACCCUGGCAGACCUCAGGAUCAUGUGAGUGGCUUGCUCGAGGGAGUGAGGGAGACCCAGACCUGGAGAGGCCCAUGGUGCGCCCUACGCCGGUGCUCUGGGUGCUCCUGCUGGCGCUGCUGGGGACCACGCCGAGCCGAUCCGGGCUCCGCACCUGCAGCGUCCCGGACGUACUGCGCCACUACCGCGCCAUCAUCUUCAAGGACCUGCAGGCGGCGGUGAGGAGGGGCACGCCGGGCGUCGAAGGCACAGGGCCGGGCUCACGACGCCUCCACGCCACUCAGAAAAACCCGCCCGGGGCCUCCUGUGGCGCCCAGGAGGAACACAGCAUCCUCCUGUCCAUCGCGUCCCUGGGCCGGACCCUGCGCCGGGCAGUGGAGGCGGGCCGCCGCGGGGCCCUGGAGAGAGCGGCGUGGACCGUGGCCGUCCGCACCGAGGCGGUGAUGCGGCGCCACUGCGGGACGCUGCGCCAGCACCCGCGGCCCCGGGCGCGCGCAGCUCGGCGUCCCGGCGGCCGGAGGCGGCUCCUGCUGCGAGCCCUGGACACCGUCGCCACCUGCUGGGAGAAGCUCUUCGCGCUGCGCGCUGUGGUCCGGCCCGGGCCUGCCCCCAGCGUCCUGCGCCCGCCUGGGAACUGAGGGGUCCGCGACAGAGCCUGGGAUGAACCCCUCGGCCCCCCUCUAGCCGACGGGCCCUUCGCAAAGUGCGCAGGAUUGGGAGAGGCGCGCGCCGCCGGCCCCCGGAGGUGUCCUGCUCCGCAGGCGCCCAGGGACACCUCAACAACAGGAGCUGGGGUUACCCGCAUCCCACAUUGCGGUCCUGGUUACUUCCGGCCCAGCUCCCCGCUGAUGCGCACCCCAGGAGGCGCGGCGGUUGGCUCGAGUGCUUGGGCUGCUUAUUACCUCGGGCGAGACCCCGGGGGCGUCCCCGUUCCCGGCCUCUACCUGCAGCCCUGGCUGUUGUGGGCAUUGGAAGAGCGAUGAAUCUAUCAUUCUCCCCCUACCCCCGCUCAAGUAGAUGACAAAUAAAUGGGGCUGGUGCUGCGGGUCCA